CCUCUCCUUCUUCUUCUUGUUUUUCGGAGCGCACUCUCUCCAGCAGCGAUGUGGAGGGAAGGAGCGAGCGGCUGAAAGAUUAAUCUCAUUUCUCUCCCUUUCAGCAGAACUUUGUGGAUGAGCACAACAAACUGUUUGUUCAUAUUGGAAGGCAAGCGAGUCAGAAGUGAAGAAACCUCCCCCUCUUCCUUUCUUUUUCCCUUUUCUCCACCUAAUCCAUCUAUUUCCUCUUUACGCAUGGAUAUACGGAGAUGAAACUGGAACUGUUGCUUUCUCUCCGUUGGGCUGCGUAAGUUUAUGUUGUCUCCGAGCUCCGUAGGAGGAGAGAAAGCCCACCCCCCCUCCAUUCCUCAGGAGCACAAGAGACAUACAAGGAGGACCGCAAGUUGUCCACAAGCUGCAAAAGGAGACAAAACUUUGCCAAGUUGCUGCGCAUCCGGCCGCAGACGCCAAACAUUCAUCGAUAUUUUCUUCACGCGGCGCGCAGAGUUCAACUUCUAAAGUGUGGAUUAUGGACAUGGAUGGAGCCCGGAGCCGACUUCACGGGAUGAAAGAGGACUUUUGAAACUAUUAUUGCAAAUAGAGUUCACACCAGCGGCACGUUUUGGACUACAUCGAUCUAAAACAACAACAAAAAGUGAACUGUUUUUUUUUUUUUUUCUCUUCCUCCACGUCCACCGGUGCGUAAAAAUGCCACAGCUGAACGGAGGCGGCGGGGAUGAUUUGGGGGCCAACGAUGAGAUGAUUUCGUUCAAAGACGAAGGGGAGCAGGAGGAAAAGAUCUCCGAAAAUGUCUCCGCGGAGAGGGACCUGGAUGAUGUGAAGUCCUCCUUGGUGAACGAGUCGGAGAAUAACAGCAGCUCGUCGGACUCGGAGCAGGCGGAGAGGCGCCCCCAAACCAGAGCCGACUCAGAAAGUUAUGAGAAAACAAGAGACUACUUCAGUGAAGCACUGAGAAGACAGCAAGAUGGUGGCCUUUUUAAGAGUCCACACUACCCAGGCUACCCGUUCCUUAUGAUCCCAGACCUCACCAACCCGUACCUCUCCAACGGAUCUCUGUCCCCCAGCGCGAGAACAUAUCUGCAGAUGAAAUGGCCACUCCUGGACAUUCCCACCUCUGCAGGGAUAAAAGAUUCUCGUUCUCCAACGCCAGGGCACUUGUCCAAUAAAGUCCCCGUGGUACAGCACGCCCACCAUGUCCACCCGCUGACGCCCCUCAUCACCUACAGCAAUGAGCACUUCUCCCCCGGCACGCCGCCAUCACACCUCUCGCCAGAGAUCCUCGACCCAAAGACAGGUAUCCCUCGAACGCCUCAUCCAUCAGAACUUUCUCCGUACUACCCUCUGUCCCCCGGUGCCGUCGGUUCCAUUGCUCAUCCUCUGAGCUGGUUCAUGCAGCAGCAGGGCCAGCCCAUGUACUCCAUCCCUCCGGGGGGAUUCCGUCACCCCUACCCUGCGCUGGCGAUGAAUGCCUCCAUGUCCAGCUUGGUGUCCAGCCGUUUCUCCCCUCACAUGGUGACCCCUCCUCCGCACAGCCUCCAUCAGACCGGCAUUCCCCACCCCGCCAUCGUCUCGCCUGCCAUCAAGCAGGAACCCAGCGGUGACAACAUCAGUCCCUCCAUGCACGCGAAGUCUCCCGUUCCUGCCAAGAAGGAGGAGGACAAGAAGCCUCACAUCAAGAAGCCUCUCAAUGCUUUCAUGCUGUAUAUGAAGGAGAUGAGAGCCAAGGUGGUUGCAGAGUGCACUCUGAAAGAGAGCGCUGCAAUUAACCAGAUCCUUGGACGACGGUGGCACUCGCUGUCGAGAGAGGAGCAAGCCAAAUACUAUGAGCUGGCCAGAAAAGAGAGGCAACUGCACUCCCAGCUCUAUCCCGGCUGGUCAGCACGAGACAACUAUGGAAAGCGGAAAAAGAGGAAGAGAGAGAAUAAACCAGACUCAAAACCAGAGGACUUCUCCAUCAGGACUAAGAAGCAGUGCGUGCAGUACCUGCCCUCGGAGAAGAUGUGCGACAGCCCCGCGUCGUCUCACGGGAGCAUGCUGGACUCGCCGGCCACCCCCUCCGCCGCCUUGGCGUCCCCCGCCGCGCCGGCCGCCACUCACUCCGAACAGGCCCAGCCGCUGUCGCUCACCACCAAACCGGAGGGACGCAUGCAACACCACUUCUUACCUGGGAAGGCCUCUGGAUCCACAUCCUCCUCUUCCUCCCAGCCCACCAUCUCCAUCCCUAUUGGUACUUCGAGUGGCCAGUCGAACACGCCCAUCCUCACCCGGCCGAUCCCCUUCACGUCCCUGCACCCCUCCAUGCUCUCCCCGCCGUCCCCCUUCCAUCAGGCCGCCCUGCACUCCCAUCAUUCCCUGUUCCAGUCGCAGCCCCUCUCCUUGGUCACAAAACCAACUGAAUAAAUCUACAGAAGGCCACCCCCCCCACCCCCCCACC